UUUCAAAAAAAAUUGUUGUUUAAUUUUGAACCUUGCUGGGUGGUGCAGAAUGAGGAGCAGAAAACCGAAUGAUUCUUUGCGACUUAUUUUGACAACUUUCAUUGGAAUUAUUAUUGGAUUUAUAGUUGGUGUUUGUAUUUCACUCUUUUCAGUUUCUAAGAUAAAUCCAGUCAUGAACUGCCUUCCUUUGGCAAUUCGGCCCUUUUCUGUACAACAACUGAGCGAUGGUGUUAAACAAAAUCAAGUGUUAAAUGAUACAACAAAGAUACCAAAAUGGAUCCAAUCACAUCCCAGAGGAGCAGAGAGACUACCGCCAGGGAUAGUUGCAUCUACAUCUGACCUCUAUCUCCGUAGACUAUGGGGUCUUCCUAGUGAGGAUCUGAAAAGCAAACCUAAGUAUCUUGUAACCUUCACAGUUGGUAUAGAUAUGAGGGAAAACAUUGACAAAGCCGUUAAAAAGUUCUCAGAAAACUUCACUAUUCUGCUCUUCCAUUACGAUGGUAAGACAACUGAGUGGGAUCAAUUUGAGUGGUCAAAACGCGCCAUCCAUGUUAGUGCCCGAAAACAGGCGAAAUGGUGGUAUGCAAAACGGUUUCUACAUCCUGACAUUGUAGCACCAUAUGAUUACAUCUUUAUCUGGGAUGAAGAUUUGGGAGUUGAGAAUUUUGAUUCUGAAAAAUACGUUGAAUUGGUUAAGAAACACGGUUUGGAGAUUUCGCAACCUGGUGUUGAUCCUAAGAGUCCAUUUACAUGGCCGAUAACAAGGAAAAAAAAUGACAGUGAAGUUCACAAGGAAACAGAGGAGAAACCAGAAUGGUGCAAAGACCCACAUCUACCCCCUUGUGCCGCAUUUGUAGAGAUUAUGGCACCAGUGUUUUCUCGAGAAGCAUGGCGUUGCGUUUGGCAUAUGCUUCAGAAUGACUUGGUCCAUGGAUGGGGCAUCGACUUUGCCCUUCGAAAUUGUGUAGAGCCUGCAUACGAGAAAAUAGGAGUUGUAGAUUCUCAAUGGAUUUUUCAUAAACGUGUUCCAUCACUCGGUAACCAGGGCGAAUCAGCAGACGGGGUUUCUCCUUGGCAAGGGGUGAAGAAAAGAUGUGAAACAGAAUUGAAGAUGUUUAAGAGCCGGAUUCACAAUGCCGAGAAGGCACAUCAGAAGGAAAUCGGAAGCUCCACAUAAGUCCCGGUAAAUGGCGAAAUUUUGUGGAGGAGUUGCUAUUAAGCAAAGGAAAUUUAUAGGGCAAAUGAUUGAAACAUAAGAUAUAGUUGUACGGUUGUACCAAAUUGUAGGUCUAUAUUGGUGAUAACAGGCAACAAUUUUGUCCAUAGGGCUCUGGUAUUUUUGAGGGGUUGACAAUGUUCUUUGUCAAAUGUGUAUAAUUAAACAAUUUUUAAGGGGAGAUAUGUAAUUUUUACUUGCAUAGUUAUACAUUUACAUGACAUU